UCGGCCUGAGAAAAACCCUAGAAAGCUGAGAAAGAAGGUAGCCAGAAGGAGGGUGGGUAGAGAGGAAGAUCGCUGAGAGAUGGGGAGAGCUCCUUGCUGUGAUAAGGCGAACGUUAAGAAGGGGCCAUGGUCGCCGGAGGAGGACGCAAAGCUCAAGGCUUACAUUGAGCAGUAUGGGACUGGAGGAAACUGGAUUGCGCUUCCUCAAAAGAUUGGCCUAAAGAGAUGCGGGAAGAGUUGCAGGCUUAGAUGGUUGAAUUACUUGAGGCCCAACAUCAAGCACGGGGGCUUCUCUGAGGAAGAGGACAACAUCAUCUGCAGCCUCUACAUAAGCAUCGGCAGCAGGUGGUCAAUUAUUGCUGCUCAAUUGCCUGGCCGGACGGAUAACGACAUCAAGAAUUACUGGAACACCAGACUCAAGAAGAAACUCCUUGGAAAGCGCAAGGAUUCUCAGUCUCGUCGUCUCUCAUCUGCCAUUAACCAAGAUUCCAAGGAAGAUGAUGCCCUCACCGACCUAUCCUCAGUGGUGGCACAGACAGGCAUGCAAUCCUUGAGCUCGUCUGCCUUGGAAAGGAUGCAACUCCACAUGCAACUUCUCCAGAACCCAUAUUCCCUCUUCAAUCCCCUCUCGAGAUUCCACACGAGUGGGAGCAAUCCAUUCUUGGAUGCAAAUCUUCCUACUCUGCAGAACCAACUAGUUGAGAACCACAAUUUUGCAGAUGGGUUCGAGAGCCUUAGUGCAACUUCAGGAGAACAGAUCGUGAACAAUGUUGCUAAAGAGAAUUCCUUUAAUGGGUUUUCGUCAUCCAGUUCUGCCACCCACAAUGGAAGCUGCAGUUCUCAGGACGCAGUCCAAAACUUCGAACAGAUUGAGGGGUUUCCUGCAGAGCUCCAGGACCUGGUCUACCCCAACAACGAACACAUAGAUGGAUUAGAAUACGUGAAGGAAAUAGAAGGCGCCAAUGACGGCAUGAUGUGGUGGGGUAGUGAUUCUGAUCAAAAGAAUGUUGCUUCUUGGGAUUCAACUUCCAUUCUGCAACCGGAAGGCUUCCACUUCCAAGAUUUUGGAAUGGAGUAUGGUCUUCUAUAGUCAGUGAGAUUAUUAGGUUGUCUGAUAGCUAAAGUCUGACAGUCAUUAUGUAAAU